AUGAUGAUCGCACGGCUGAUGAUGCUGCUGCAGUGCAGGGAGCAGAAACAGAAGAAGAAGCAGAUGCAGAAGCUGCUAAUGCAGGCUAAUACAGAAAGAGAAACAAAAGAAGCAGCAGCUGCUGCAGCAAAAGAAGCAGCAGAAGAAAUAAAUACAGGGUGUGCAGCAGCAGCAGCAGCUGCUGCUGCUGCUGCUGCUGCUGCGACACCUGAACUCACACCAGAAGAGCAGCAAGAAGAUGAUCGCACGGCUGAUGAUGCUGCUGCAGUGCAGGGAGCAGAAACAGAAGAAGAAGCAGAUGCAGAAGCUGCUGCUGCUGCUGCUGCAGCUGCUGCUGCUGCUGCGUCUCUUUGUCUCCCGCCUGGUGGCCCAUCGGGGGGAGGAAUAACAGCAGCAGCAGAAGCAGCAGCAGCAAGAGCAGCAGCAGAAGCAACAAGAACAGCAACAGCAGCAGCUGUUGCAGCUGCAGCAGCACUUGCAGCAGAGGGAGCAUUUCUUGAGGGAGCAGAAGCAGCAGCAGCAACCGCAGCUGCUGCUAAUCCAACAGUGAGCAGCAGCAGCAGCAGCAGCAGCAGCAGCAGCAGCAGCAGCAACCUGCAGGCAGCACUGGAAAGAGAAAUUGUUAUCGACGGAGAAACAGAAAUCGAUGAUCUUAUUGUUGCAGCUCACGUCGCACAGGCGGACGCGUUGCUGCUGCAGCGGCUGCAGAUAGCUGACCCGAUAGAGACGAAGGUGCAGCCGCGUGCUGCUGCUGCUGCUGGCCGUGGCGGCAGCAGCAGCACCAGCAGCAGCAGCAGCAGCGACAGCGAAACAGAGAAAGAGCAGCCCCCGCGUCGUCCUAUUAAGAGAGAAGCAGCAGCAGCAGCAGCAGAUGAUGAUGCAGCAGCAGCAGCAGCAGAGGGAGCAGCAGCAGGAGAUGCUGGGCUAGCAGCAGAGGGAGAGCUGGAGGAGCAGCGGCAGCUGCUGGAGCGAUUGCUGCAGUGA